UGUCAGCUGUGGUGUCAGCAAGUUGUCAGCAAUAAUUUUAAUAAUUGGCAUUUUUGAUUUUUGAAUUUAUUUGAAAGUUACAUUGGCACCUGGUUGACGUUAAAUAAUACCGUAAUCUUAUUUUAUUUCUUGAACAAUUUUUAUUAAAACUUUAUCUUAAAGAUGUACUUCAUGUCGAAUGUAGUUAAAGUGACUAUUCCAAACUAUUUAGCGGGUUUACCAAUUCCUGAUUCAUUUGGUGGAUGGUUUCGAUUGAGCUUCCGUGAUUGGCUAGCUCUUGUGCCACCAACGCUAGCAAUUGGGGGCAUAUCUUAUGUGUCCUAUCAAACAGUGAAGAAGGCAAGGGAAGCUGGCCAAGUGAAUCGCGCCGUUCUGAAGGAGAAAAGCAAAGUUGUCGACUUUAUCGAUAUUGAAGAUAUAACAGAGAAAGCUUCCCUUUGUAGAUGCUGGAAAAGCAAAAAUUGGCCUUACUGCGAUGGAGCUCAUGGUGCCCACAACAAUGAAACAGGUGACAAUGUAGGCCCCGUAGUGGUCCGUCACAAGGAAAACAAGUAAAGGAACAGAAUAUUACAUAGUUACCAUGUUCAAUAAUUUGUGAUAACUUAAUUGGAUGCAACCAUUAACACACUUGAUGUGAAUUUGUGCUAAUUAAUUACGCAUUUUUAGCAUUUGAUUAUAGCAAUUAAUAAUAAGAUGGUAACAUUUUUUGUACUCAGAACAAGAAAAAGGUAGAUGUGUGCUACUUUUUAUUAUAAAAUAACAUUUUUAAUUUUUAUAUACUUGUGUUGGAUUGUUUCAAAGCUUCACUUAUAAUAUUUGUUUUGUGUGUUUAUCUUUUUUCUUGGUCUGAGAAUUAUUUUAAAAUUUUACAUGAUUUUUGUAAUUUGAUUUAUAUAUCAAUUUGUCUUUAUAAAAACUUUUCAAUUUUUUAUCAUGUACAAUAUUGUUAGGUGUGUUUUGGUUAAAUAUUUAUUUGAUUAGUUUACAAAAAUCUGAUUGUAAUUUAAGUAUAACCAUGAAUUUAUUUAGAUGUUAUAGUACUAUCUGUGUUACUUGUUUCCUCUGCAGUAUUUUGUUACCAGUGGUUCUAUGAUAAUAAAAGAUAUUUUAAGGA